UCGGGUAUAAAAAGAAAAACUGUUGUUUCAUUAUCAGUUUCAACCUCAAUUGGUAAAAAUGAACAAGUACCUAUUCGCUUCUGCUUUCAUCCUACUUCUCACUGUCAGUAGUUCAACACAACAACUACGAAGUGGAGAUCAUGACAAGAUAAAAAUAGCUAUCGAGAGAGGCUUACUCAACCAAUUGAACAAUUUGGCGCGAGAUGGAGUGAAACUUUCCAAAAACGAGGCCGAGGGCAAGUUUACUCAAAUUUUGGUGAUAGAGACUCUUAAAAAUGCUCAACUGUUCAGCGACGUCGAGUCUAAGGAAAUUUGGAGGAUUAUAAACGAGUCUGUAAAAUCCCGAGAAGUGUUGAAAGCGGCCAGAGCUGUUCUAGAUGAAGAUGACCUCAUAGCACCUAGAGUAUUUGGAGCUGCUGUGAUGGGAGGCACCCAGUUGGCGACCGACUUUGUGAAAAUGAUGCUGACAAGAUACUAAAUUAACAAUAAAGACUUGGAAACGUA